GUCAUAAUUUUGGACAUUCAUCGUAUUCCCACGAAGGGCUAGGUCAAGAUAUUCUACAUGUUAUGUGGGAUUUCGAAGGCAAAGCAAGUAUUAGCGAAAAUCUUAGUAACAUUUUCGUAUUGAGAUUUUAAAUAACAUCGCCUUACAUGUUGUUUGCGUGUGAGAAUGUCGUCAUUUGAUCGUAAAAUUUGAUGUGUUUGGCCAGUUAGCGAUCGAAGUUUCACUAGACGGACCCUCUGCACUACACAUGCGUGACGUCACGCGCUGCAAUGGCUGCAGCUGUGGGAUGGAGUGUUGAGGAAGAUGGAAGUCUUUCUGUUGAUGAGCAGACUGUUGGUAUUGCAUAUCACCCCAGGCUAAAUACUGUCUUGGCAGUAACUGCAGAACCAAGUAUCAAAGUUUUGGAUGUCAACUCUGGUGUCAUCCUUAAGAAAUCAUCUUUAUCAGCCCCUGCCAGCAGACAUGUAGAAUGUCGUUAUCUGAGUGGAUCAGAUCAACUCUUUCUAACAGAUGGUCACUCUGUAGGCUUGAGAAAAGAUCUAGGUGGGGUCCUUCUGCUCGACUCUGCCCUACAAACCCCAGUGACCAACCCUGAUAAAGAUGUCAUGGUGGAAAUACCAUAUUCUGAGGCAAGUCAGCUGUUGGCAUGCCUCAGGAAGAACAAGAUCGCCAAUUCUGAAACUGUCAUGGAGAGUAUCGAGGAAGAGCUGGAACGUUACAAACUUCCAAAUGAUCAUGCCUACCACAAAACAACCAAGUGGGCCACUGUCCAUCUCCGCCUACCCCAUGCCACCCUGAAGAAGGUCAUCAAUGGACUUGUGGUUGAACUAUGUCGCACACACCAGCGGGUCUCUGCUCUACCCAUCUGUACUGCCAUCCUGGACCGUCUUCAGAGGCUCUACCCGGAUGGACAGGAGCCCCUGGUUGUAGGGGGAGACACCACCAUCGAGAAGUCCCAGAUGUACAGCGAGGCUACCCGUCGACAGACAUUCGCCCAGUGGCCCCAUAUGGACUACAAGUGGGCUCUACCAGAACCCAUGGCUCAAGCUGGCUUUUAUCAUCAGCCAUCAUCAAUAGGUGAUGACAGAGCUAUGUGUUUUACCUGCAGUGUGUGCCUUGUGUGUUGGGAACCAACUGAUGAACCUUGGUCAGAACAUGAGAGACACUCUCCCACAUGCCCCUUUGUGAGGGGAGAACCGACCCAUAACGUCCCCUUCUCUGUCACCCUUUCAACUGGCCCAGCUCACACGCACAGCAAGAAUGAGAAGAUAUCCUGUGUUAGUGAGGGCAAUACGUCCUCUCUGAUGGCAACAUCCACUGACUCUGGUUGCGUCUGCAUCUGGGAAGUCCAUGAACAGCUCAAAUUAGCCACCAGAUUCAUCGUCAACCCCAAGGAUCCCAUCUUCAAGGGCCAGGGACCGGUCAUCAUGGACACAGAACCUGCGAUGGCUGUGAAGCAGGCAUGGGUGGCACCAGAGGUGCCGGUGUCUGUUACCAGCAGUAGCAGUAGCUCCACCAGUAGUACAUCAAGUAGCACCAGCAGUGGAAGCACUGGUCACCUUCCCAUGAAGGAUGAACAAGCACUUGUCAAUAGCCCAAAGGGACUCCCUGAGACAUCAUCUAAGACAGAGGAGAUGAAACAAGACCCUUCCGUGGAGGAAUCAGAGAGAGAAAAGGGAGCUUUUGGUUCGUUAGAGGUGAUUGAAGUGAGCGGAGCCUGGAAGGUCACAGACAAUGGAAAGCAGGAGACUAAUGGCCCUGCUGCUGAUGAAGGCACCCAAACGCACAAUGCUAUACCUGAAGUCCGGGAUGAGGAGCCGUCUGAUUCUGUUGUAGUGUCUGCCCUGGGUAUGCUCAAUGCUAGCAAACUACCAAGCCUAGCAACAUUAGGAACAUCCGAUAUGUCUUUCCCUUGCCUGGUGACUGGAGUUAGUAUACGAAAAGAAGAUCAGGAGAUAGUCAAUGGCAGCAAAGCGGAUACUAGUAGGAACAGUGUUAUAGAGACAGACAAUGCUGUUGACGUAGACGGGCCCAAGGAUGAUGAGAAUGGAGAUGAUGCCGGCAUUGGUGGUGCUCCACCCAAGAAGCUCCUUUUUGCUGAUGCAUAUCUCGGAGAUUCGGUCGAUGGGGAUGUCGAUGGGAAAGUGGGAAGUAAAGUGGCAUAUACAAACUACUUAGUUGUUUACUGUAUGAUGUACAAGGGCAAACCAUUGCCAGUUGUCAAGAAGAGUGGUGAGAAAGCAUCGUCGUCCUCUGGCUUUCACAAAACGCAGAGCAUGUACUUUUCACUUUCGCAGGAGACGCAAAAGCUUGACUUGGAGGAGGAUGAGCUGGGAGGGUACAGUGAUCUGGAAGACCCGCUCAAUUUCCAGUUCUCCCCCAUGGUUAAUAACAAUCCUCCACCUAUUCCUUCUGGCUCAGGGUCUGUCGUAUCAAAGCAGGUCUCUAUGAGCGUCAAGGCUGUUCAGUGCGUGGAGCUACCUGAGUCAGUGCAAACGAAUGAUUACGUGGUGACAUCUGUCAGGACCUCCCUUGAUGAACAGCAUCUGAUGGUUGUCUUGAGUCCACAUUCUGGAAAGAUGUUUGAGAGGGAAUUCAUAGAUGGUGGUAUAGACCAAAAAGAAAAGGAAGAAAUUGCAAGUACAAGUAAAGAGUCAACAACUGAAUCGGUGCAAAAUGACUUGAACAAGGGUAGCUCUCCUUUUGUGAUGAUGAGCAAUGAAGAGUGUGGUCCAGGUGAGGAUGAGGUUGACACAGGGCCCAGCUCUUCAGGAAAAGAUGAUGCUGAUGCUAGGACUAUUCAUCCACCUUACAUGAAAGAUCUACCUCCCAGAGCACCAUCUGGAGGUUUUCUAGUAAUCUACAAGUUAAAGAGAGCAGGCCAGAUGAUAUCUGUAGAGAAGGAGCCAUGCCAUAUACACCAGAUAUCCUCCACUGAGGAUUCGCUGUCAUACCUGACCCCUCUCCCCUCGGGGGUCACGGACGCCAGCAGUGAUGAGGACGAAGUCGAUCCAUACAUGGACAGCUCUACAGAUAAUAUGGAUAAAGAUGAAACCGAUUCACCAACAUCGCCCUCAAUAGGCAAGUGGACAGCACUAACUCAAGAUGGCCGUCUGAUUGUUUUUGAUGCUGCUUCUUUCUCAGUACUCCUGUCUAUCUUGCCAUCCCACUUUGACUUCACGCUGACCUCCUUCGGUCCCGAAGACAAGACGAAUCACUACGUAGCGCUUACCUACUGCACGGGUAUGGAAAGACUAUGUGUGUGCACGGGUGGUGGGAAGAUCAGCUUCUUACAGCUAGAUGAUGGAGAAUCCUCACAAUCUAUCAAAGUGCAUAGCAAGGCUGAUCAAAUGGAUUCAGGGAAAAUGGCAAUACUAGAUAGCAGGCUGACUGCUAACAUUGACAAGUCAAGUAAAGAAUUCAUCAUCAACUCUAACCUGACCAUCUCUGCACUUCACACGCUGCAUCAGCUCACCAAGUUUGAGAUCCUGGUGCCCCGUUUCUCCGCCACGGUACCGCCGUCCUGGACAGAGAUCCAGCAGGAGCAGCAGCAGAGGCGUCAUCCCCAGCACCUACACCAGCGUCAGCAGGGAGACGCUCUUCAGCAUACCAGGACUUGGAAGCUCCAGCCUGAUGGCUCUACAAGUCAAGAACACCUGUUUGAGAUAGUCCUUCCCAGGAUGUGUGCAGUGGGUCAUAUAGACAUCAAGUUCAGUCUACUCCCCUUCUGUUCUGCACCUCCUGGGAUACAGGUCACUCUGCUUCAGCAGAGUGAAAAAUAUCGAGCAGGAGACAAAGAAAAGAUGAACAUCAAAUCAACACCUAUCGAUGCUCAUAUCAACUUCAACAUGAAUGCUGGAUCGAGUACAAGAUCCAAGGAACCCAAAGAGCAAAACGUAGAUCUUCCAGAUCUUCCACCUCCAUUCCUUGGAGCAGUUGGCACAGACAAUGCUGAUGGCGAUGAAGCUGGGCCUAGCAAUGGACGAUCAUCCACUCCACCACAAGCUGGAUCCUCCAAGCAGUCAUCAGGUCAAAGGUCGGCUCUGACCGAGUCGUCCUUCCUGCGGAGACACAGAGAGGAUGUCCUCUGUGGACCUUGUGGACUAGAGCUGUUUGUGGAUACACCUAGUCACACAGGGACAGUCAUGCUGACCAGUAAGGAGCUGAUGCUCUGGAAAGGCAGGUCAUUCCUUCUACACAUCUGGGCCAGUGAUGAAGGAAGUGCUGAAGCUACGAACGGCAGGUCCAAAGCUGCUCGUUCAGACCAAGCAUCAUCGUUUGUUCCUCAAUUUCACACCAAUGUGGACCUGGCUGAUAGACUGACCACUGUCCAGCUUCGCAAGGACAUGGAAAAGUACAGUGGAUGUGAUUGGAUACAAGAACUCUCCAUUACAGUCUGCAAAUCAAAGAAGGUCAACCUACCCAAAGAGAGAAUCCAAAGAGCCCUGAUGGUGGAGUCCUCCACCUUCCAUCAAGACCUGCUCAACACGGUUACAGCAUCAAGUACCCUAUCAUCUAGCAUGACAGAGCACAAGCAGAAGCAGCUACUAGCAUUUGAUGUUCUAUGUUGGGUUGCAGGAGUUCACAUAUCAGAGCCUGAGAGGCCUUCUGGUUUGGUGGAAGCCACGGAGCACAUCCUACCAGAGAUCAUCAGGAUCUGUUACCUGGAAGCUGAAAGAAGUCUAGCUCACAAGUGUAGCCGCUUUUUGGCCCUCUGCUUAGGGUGUGCCAAGAGAAGUCAGAACCCCAAUGUUGCAGCCUCCUUCCAGAAGGCCCUCCUGCAGAGCCUACUCCAGUGGUUACCGACAGUUGCAUGUGCCCCAUCCUCUGGCUCCCUACACUGGUUCUUUGUCAUCCUAGGCCUGGUCAAGCAUGCUGAUUAUGAGGCGGUCAGUGGGGGUUGCAUGGCCAUGCUCAAGGCAGCGGCCAGGCAGCUGGAUGAGGCUACCCUGCCACAGCAUAUCAUGCUUAGGGCAAAGUUUGGCUAUUAUGGCACACCCCUGGAACCAACUCUAUUUGAUGUGGAGCCACCCCGCCCGCCAUCCAAACUGGACUCCACUGGCCCCUCCACUGCAUCCACCGGCACCACCACGUCAAGCUCUGUCCCUCUUCCCCAGAUCUGGACUGAAGUGGGACCUUACAGCAGUCAUCAGGGACUACCACCAGUCACCCUGGGUGGAGGAGGAGCCUUUGACAUUGGUGCUGAACCAGGAAGCAAGGGCAUGUCCUUGAGAGGCAAGGGAGCCCUGGGAGGGAUCGUCGGAGUAGAGAAUGGUGAUGGAUCACUAACGAGUGGUGGUUACUUCAUGAAGGGGCUCCUGGAGGUAGAACCAUUGCAUUUCGCAUGCUGUGGCAUGAGUGAUGGAGCACACAUUGAGAGAAUUGGAGGAGGUAUACACACAGCAUCCAGUGUUCACCCUAUGCCUCAAGGCCAAGGUGGUAAAAGUAAUGCUGCACAGCCAGGGAACCCUCCCACACCAGCCUACCUGGCUACCCUGACCAAUGCCAUGGCUACAGCUGAGAAACAACUCCAGAAGCUCAAAGAAAAGACCAAGGCUUUGGUUCAACUCAAGAAGUACAACUACAUGUCAGGGCAGUCCUCAAAGGGCGUGGCAGAACCAAGUCCCAAGAACUCUCCUCUAUUCAUGACCCCGCCUAUCUCCCCUCCCUCUGAACCUGCUGUAGGGCAGGUCCCUCAAGAGCAGCCCCCUCUAAUGUACAGUAUCCCUGAUGAUGAGUGUGGUUUGCAUGGUCAGCCGGGAGAAGGCUCUCAGGGAGGAAAAUCAUCAAGUAAAUCCUCUUCAAAGGAUGAUCUGAAGUUUGAGUUGGAUGAAGGUGUUCCCUCCAGUGCAUCCUUGGUACGCAAUCUUCUUCAUCCUCCAUCGUCACAUAUGAUGGUCAUUGAGAGGAUGCAUUCAGGAGCAAGGAGGUAUGCUGUGCUUGACUUUGGUCGCCCUAUCGUCCUGACUGAUGUAUAUAUUCCAGCAUGCAGUGAUCUGACUUCUCUAUCAGUGGACAUAUGGACCCAGUUAGAAGAAGUGGACGGUCAGCGGUUGGCUGUAGCAAUGGACAUUGAAUCCAGGGACUUAGUUUUGAAUGACCUUCUACCUCCUCCAGUGUGUAGAUACUUGAAGAUUACUGUUGUAGGCAACUACGGAAGCAACAGCCCAAAGUCUAAGGUUCCUCUGGGUACAUUCUACGGUCAUUCCUUCAUUCACCUAGAGGCAAAGCCCAGAGACCUCUCUGAUCCAUCUCUUGUAGAACUACGGAAAGAACAGUAUGUGGGACUAGCAAUGGCAAUAUUGGAUGACAUCCAGUGCAGGUACAGUCUAGCCACUAGCCGACUUCAGAAACUCCUUCAAGCGUAUGAGAGUUUCCAGACAGAGAGUCAGAUGGAUGGAAGUUUCACCCAGACACGAGAGAAGAUGGACACCAACGGCAGCAUCCGCAAGGCCUAUGUGGAAUGUGUGCAGCUUCAGCAGCAGUUGAAUGUUGUUCAGCGUACCAUCCUGAGGCUUCGUCAACAGAAGCCCCAUCAACCCUACACGAUGGUCCCCAUCUCCAGCCCUGCCUUGGCUGUCAAGAACACCUCCACCGAUGCGCUACGCAUCAUGUGCGAGCAUCUCUUGGAGGUGCUGCUAAGCACCACUCAAGGAGCGAUGGCCCUGCCUGUGUCCCUGUGCUGUGCCUUGGAUGCAGAGUCAUGCAAGUCAAUCUUCAGGCACCUGUGUGUGAUGGGAACCCCAAGACUGAGCUUACUCACAGGAACGUUACUGGUCAGGGUGUGUGGCUCAAGGCAAUGGUGGGGAGAGUUUCUAGCUGCUGCUCUCAAGGAAUUCUUCCAGUCAGAUCAGCCAACAAUGUUCCCUCAAGAUAGAGUGUUUCUCCUCCUGACUUCACUUGGUCAAACAUCCCUGGCCUCAAGCAAUGCUAGCAAUGUCUUGGAAGAUCUUCUACGACUUCUCACUGAACUGCUCUCACCUCUCCUUGGCAAUCAGUUUGUCAGCAGUUAUGGAUCGCCUGAAGGUUCACUGGAUCUACCACUAGUUGGAUGGGUCUUACUAUUCCUGUCUCGUGUGUUGGACCACAGCAGUGCGACCCAUGCGACUGGCCACUCCUCUGCUGAUACCACCCAGGAUGCCGAGGCAGGUGCCAGUGCAGGAGCAGCAGGAGGGGCUACAGCCAUGCCUGAUCACCAGGCAGACAGAGGAGGAGGAGUCCAAGGCGGUGGUGGCAGUAACAGAUGGGACUUCUUGACCAGUCAACUCCAGGCUCCAGGGAACAAUUCCCAACGCUCCCACACCAGCGGGAGAGACGUGGUCAGGGGGGUCAAGAAACAAGUCCAGUCCCACAAGGACCUGCUCUACGACAUCAAGGGAGGCAAGAAGUCAAGUCAGGCCAAAUAUGGAGAAGACUCGAAAGGCGAUCCCAUCUCAGAUUUCCACUUGAAGAAGAAACUCUAUCAUCAGGUAGCCAAGAAGUACCAUAUAGGUGUAAAGAUGCCUGUGAGUGCUUAUGAAGUGAGGAAUGUCUUGCGUGCCAGGAUGGCUGCCCGCAGUGCCCGAGGUCAGAAGUCUGUGCAGGGAGGGUCAAGUCGCGGAGCCAUGGAUGGCAACUCAAGUGGCUCCAGUGACCUCUUCUCGACCAUUCUGCUCACCAGGGACAAGUGUAUUCCUGUUGUCCAGGGGCUAGUAAGACUUUUGCUGGCUAUGGAUUUCACCUGCCAUGUGGACUUGUUCCUUGUCACUUGCAAGGUUCUGGCUAGAAUAGCCAAUGCAACCAGACCAGCCAUCACACUACCUGAGAUCAUGAGUCAAGAUCAGCUGAUACAGCUGGUAUCAAGGUUCUGCAGUAGUGAGUACUGCGCUGGUAACUCUGCCUGGGGAGGUCCUUGGCCCUCACAUGCUAUCACCUGCCUGCUCUUGGAUAUCCUGGAAGGUGAGAGAUUGUACCCCUAUGUGGAGGAGCCUGCCGGUGCUUCAGGUGGAGCUUCCUAUUCCCCUCCCAUGGGAGCCACAGGUGCUGAUCCAGACCUGAUAGCAGACUCCCUGGCCAGUGGUGGGGCCGAGGCCGGUGCACCUGCUGAUGCCGCGGAGGCUGAAGUCAACAAUGCAUCGGGAGGAGAGUAUGAUUCUGGUGGUAACGGAGGAGAAGGAGAGGAGAAUGAAGCCCUGGAAGAACCUCUGAUCAUUGAUGAACUGAGUGGAGAUCCAGACAUUGUAGGAGAAGGAGGCAAUGAUCCCCUGGUAGACAUGGAUUUGCUCUUUGGUUCAUGGAAGACCAGUGGAGGUCUCUUUGGUGAGAAUGCUCCAAAGAAAGUAGCCCUGAAGAGUGGAGCUGGGAGCAUGGUAGAUCCUGUCAAGAUCCCUACCUCAGCUCUUCUCGCUUACGCCAAGAAGAAUAGGAAAGACAAACUGAAAAUCCUAGUCAGAGGAGAUGGAAGAGGAGAAAGUGCAGGAUCAGCUUUCACCCCACGGAUGUCAAGUGCAGUUGAUGCAAGAUUGGACCAAGACCUGGAGAUGAGUGCAGAAUGGUUUUUGAAGAUGUCCAGCUUGAUGGAGGCAGAAACCGUCAGUCAGACCUUCACUAGUCUUCCACCUCCACCUGCCUUUGCACCGGAAGAGAAACCAGACGUAGAACUCUUGGAUAUGGGGCAGACUGAUGAUGACCUGGCAGCAAGUAGAGCCAUGAGUGGAAGCAGUAGCAGCAUUCACCCUACAAUGAGAUCCUCCAGAGACCUUCUGGCAGCAUGCUUCCACCAACUCUUUGCUGGACUUGAGGCAGGUCGCAUCAGACUGCAUUCCUUGCUCCAGCUGUGGCUUACAAUCAAUGAGGGAAGCAUCAAUGAUACAGAUGGAAACACCAGUCACUUUAACGAUUCCAGAGUGCCAAGCUUUCCCCUGGACAAACCAUCCAUCAGUCACAUGCUGGCCACUCUACGGAAAGAACACACUCUCAGUGUGUGGACUUGGUGUCUGGCUUUCAGAGUGCUGACAGUCCAGAUCAACACCAGGGGUUCUACCAAGGAUGCAGUGUCAGUAGCAAACUCAAUGGUCAAUGAUCCAAACAUGUUUCACUCUCUUGUCAAGUUCCUGUCUGGUGGAUCAUUCCAGGGUCGAAGGUCUGGACACCAAGACUUUCAGGUUGGGCCAACUGUGACUCUAGCCUUUCAUCAACUGCUACUCAGAUUACAUCUGAGGGUGUUCUCUGGACCAUCUGCAGGAGCAAAGGCACUCAAGAACCUACUGUUGAAGGUCGUGCAGACUCUAGUUCAACCAAGAGAGGCCAUCAGUGCAGGAAUAGGACCAUUGGAUGCCCAGAUCACCUUCUUGGAGCUUAUCUUGGAGCAGACCUUUAGCUCUACAGACCUGAAUAGCAUUGCAACAAUGGUGGAUAACAUUACUCUACUGAUCCAUGAACAUGUCAUUGAUGGAAGUGGAGUGACCCAGCUGGGCAGUGAGAAUGGGGGCUCAGCCCGAGCCAACCUGGCUAAUGUUCUGGCUGGGAAGCUCAAGGCGGGUGCAUCGAGAGUGCUGCAUAAUGAAAACAGUAGAGAGGCUUUGAUGUGUGGACUUCUGCAGCUUGUCAACGAGCUUCUGAAGAUGUCGGUGUCACAAGAUCCAUUCGGUACUUCAGUUUGGUCACCUGUGGGAGGCAGGGGGUCCCUGCACAGUGGUGGCGUGGCAUACCCAACCCCACCCACUUCUAUGAGCGAUGAUGACAAGGAGAGGAAUGGAGAUGUGAGUGGUCUGUCUGCAGCAGCCAGCAGCGCUUUUGCCUCUUGGGCAGCAGCGCCUCCUCAGUCUCAACCUGCUGCUCCCCUGCGACUAGCAGACCUUGUCCUCACUAACAAGGAAACAGUGUCCAACUUGUUGUUUGCUCUAGGACAUUCCAGCAGUAUGGCCAUGGCAGCCAUGCUGAAUCCAGGCUUCUUCUCACAGGGCAGUGAGCCCCUUCUGAGCGCUGAACCCUUAUCAAUAGGAGACCAUAUCUUCCAGAUCCUGGCUACUCUUAACAAGGAAGCAUCACAUGUCAGGAUUGUCCUUCAAGCAAUCCUGUCCUAUCUCAGCUGUGCCAAUGGAAGAAGGGGAGAGAUGCUUUCAGAACCUCUACUGUGGUACACACUGAGUGUCCUCAACAGUCCUACUGCAAUGGAUUCAAUGCAUGAAAUUGGAGGAAUUGAGAUCAUCUGUGCCAACCUGGUCAACAGCAGUCGAGCAAGCAUCGAUCCCAACCCUAGCAUCAUCUCCCCCAUCAUGCAACUUACCUGUCCCCCUAAGGCUCCAUCAUCCAACACAAGCAGCACAAGUAGCAGUACCAACACCGGUUUCACCAAGAGGGGAUCCUCAACUGUUGAUGAGGAGAAUGUUGAAGGCUUCACAAACUUUGCUCCUUACGGUGUGAUUAGUUGUAGCAACAUGACAACUCGACCAGCAGAGUCCUUGCUGCUACCAACCCUCUCUAAUCGACGUAGCAGGCAGUCUUGGGCCCAUACCUUCUCCUCAGAGGAGACCUGGUGUGAUCUUACCAUCACUCUACCUUGUGCAGUAGUGCUAGAGGAGAUCCAUAUUCUUCCCCAUGUUACCAAUCUUGCAACAUGUCCCUCUGCAGUGUCAGUAGAGAUUAGCCCCAACGGCUCCAGCACCAUCCCUGUAUGUCCACCCCUUGCGACUAGUGGCCUUACCUCCAUCAAGCUCAAGAUGCCUCGUCCCAUGGUCACCUCAUCAGUAUGUCUGCAGCUGAGGCGACCCAGGGAGUCCACCCUGAUGGCACUGACACGGAUACGACUGCUUGGGACUACAGUGUUGGGAGGUGGUCAAACUGGUGGCAGCGGUGGGAUCAACUUCUCUCAUCCUUUGAGUGGACUGCCUCUAAUACCACCCACAAACCCACACCAUGUGGCUGAAGAUGAAGCAGUCAGAGGAAGCACACGUUGGCUGAGACUCCUGCACCACUGCCUAGCUGGAACAUUCCUGAGCAGCACAGUAUCAAGCAUUGCCCAGACGGCAUCCCAGACUCCUGGCCUUCUAACUACCUGUAUGGCCCUACUGGCCUCUCCUCACUGCAGGCCCAAUAGGAGGGACAUUGAGUCCCUACUCCUGCAGCUCAGUAGGUCCAGGACUGAAGUAGGACUGGCCCUUGUGGACAUGUUCCUUCGUAACAACUACUGCUUUGGUCAUGGUGAACAUGAUUCUGGAUUGGGUCUUCUAGGACGUCCAUUUAGUCUCGCUUCAGAUUCCAGUGUAGAUAUCAUUUACCAGCUAGGCACAGGCUCAGAUGCAGGCACCAGAGAAAGAUUACAGACUCUUCUGGACUGGUUAGGAGACACAGCUCGAGUAGCCCUGCACAUGCAUAGCAGCUACCACCGAACACCCCGUACCUUCUCUCCUGUUGAGUCGGGUCUUCUGCAUCCUGCACCCAUCCAUGUUCACUGUGUGGCUGCAGUCCUUUGGGCAACCCAUUCUCAAAACACCAUGCAACAUAUGGUGAACAUGAUCCCAACAGAAUUGUUCAGUUCCAUCUAUGAAUGGUCUACUGUGCUGCCAGUCAACUCAGCCCUGAAGAGAGCAGCAGACUUUGUCUUGUGUUCAAUGUGUAUGAUUCAACCAGCUCACUUUGACUCCUUGCUUCAAUGGAUGGGGGUUAUGGUUGGAGGACCGGUGGAGUUACAAGCCUCUAUCACAGAUGACAGCAAAGAAGAUGAGCUGAACAUCUCACUGACAGACGACUCCAAGGGCGCUAACCUACAGCACCAACAACACCAGCCACAAUCUACUCCUCACCUUCCUUCAAGUCAACCAAUCACAAGACAAGAGUUUAGUCAUGUGAUCAUCGAUGAGGCUCAUCUCUCACUACUAGCCCUGGCUUGUCAGUCUGAUGUGGCAACCAAGAGACUCCUGGAUUCUCAGUUCCUGGUUCUCCUGGCAGAAGCUCUAGCAGAAUUCUGCACACAGGAGCUGAUCCGAACAGAGUCAUUGAAUGGUUUCAGUGAUCCCUUGACUGAUGCAUCCAAACUCAAGGCAUCAGGAUCCCGUGUUCAGUCACCUCGCUCACCAAGAAGUUCAGCCAGGAGGGGCAGCACUGAAUCUCUCCCAUCGGAUGCUACAGUUGUCCUUACAGCUGACCUGGUAGCCCCUGUCCUCAACUUCUUCAAAGAUCUAUCAGCACAAAUUGAGAUCAAGAACUGGCUGGCAUCACCAGAGGGUGUGGUCUUCUGGGCACCCCUACUGGCCCUCCUCUGCACCAGUAACACAGUCACUCUGCUCAGCUCAAUGCCAAACUUUAAUGGAGCACCUCGCCGCUCGCAUCUCCUGAGUGCGUCACAACGGGCAGCCCUGGAGAACGCCAGCAUCGCAUUCUUCUCUCGUUGCACCCUGUGUCAUCCCAGCAACCAGAAACUCCUGGCACAGGUCAUCUGUGAUGUGAUCUGCACCCAAGAUCUUCAGACCGGUUCACCGUUUGUCAUAUCAGGAUUCAUGCGUCGACUGAUCCUUCAGCUCAUGCUUGAAGAUGAGAGUCUGGCUGUAGCAGUCAGCUCAGUCUGCCAGCUGAUCAAAGGGCCACAGUCCUGGACUGGACGCAUUGUGCACCCCAGCUAUGGGCUUGGGCACAAGAACAUGUUAGUGGAGACCAAGCUUACAUCCACCUGUGCUCAGCUCAUAACAUACCUAACAGAUACCCUUGGUCUCAAGAACCUACCAGGAGACAAGAAGCCCAAGCCCAGCAGUGACUCAAGCAAGACUGACAAACAAUCCUUUGUAAUGGUCAACCUUUCUCCUGAUAAAUUGGAUGUAACUGAAACAGAGGUCAAUGGGAAUAUUGGCAACUCUAUAGAUGCUAAACCCAAAACCAGUUCAGUAGCGAGUGCAGAACCCCAAGCAGGCAGCGCAACAAAGCUGCCUACCUCAGCCACCCCAUCUUCAUCUCAGAUCCCCAUUUUUGGUGGUAUCUUUUCUACGGUGCCUCAAUCCACUUCUGCUGCUGCUGCUUCUGCUGGAGCUUCCACAUCAGGAGGAGCAACAGGGGGAGCUACAGGUGGAGCUACAGGUGGAGCUACAGGUGGAGCUACAGGUGGAGCGACAGGUGGAGCUGCAGGUGGAGCUUCAGCCACAGCAGGAGCAUCAGCCUCUACCGCCGCCUCCGCCUCCACCUCUACCAAGCAGCCAGACAAGUUCCUUCUCUACCCUGGAGCUACCAACUUCCCUACAUCCAUGGUGCCAACCCUUCCCCCAGAGCUCCUGCCCAAGUCCAUGGAUCGCUGGGCUCCUUUCUUUAACACCUUCUCCAACCCUGCAACCUCCAUGGCAGGAGCUGGGACCUCCUCCUUUAACAUGCCUGGACUGGUCAUUUCUCACGAGCGCCUUGGUAGCCAGAACUUCCCAGGCCGCAUGACAAUCGGACAGGCAAUCAACAUGCUGCAGAGACGUGGUCUGCCUGAAGGAAGCCCCACACUGGAGUUGAACAUCAGGAUGAGCUCUUCAUUAUUAGGGGCAUCAAAGACUGAUAGCUCUAAAACACAGGAAGCACAAGAAGGUCGCAAUGAGGCAAGUACCUCUGCCAACUCCCUUGACUCUGAUCAGCACAUCCCAGAGGAGGUACUACUGGACACCCCUCCAAUCUCAUCUUUCCUGGAGGUGUUUGCCCGUCUUGGUGGCCUGGCCCUCAUAGCUGAACAUCUCCCCCAGCUAUACCAGGAUGCUCCCCUCGCUACACAGCAGCAGCAUCAGGCUAAGAAUGGGGCGCAUGCCACCAAUGCUGGUGGAAGCUCGGUAGAUAAGAUGACAGCGAGUGGAGGAGGGCCUUCUGCAGCGAUGCACUCCAGCUGGUGGAAGUACAGCUCAGAUCUUGGUCUGAAGGAUCUAGGAGAGUUUGAGGACUAUGAGGUCCUCAUGGAAGGACCUCACAGCACCACUAUCACAUCUGUUGGUGGCAGCACCCUUACCACUACCUCCAAUGUACCUUCCUAUGGAUUGGGAAGCACCGCUGCCCAUCUUCAAGCCACCUCCUUCUCCAACAUCGGUCCCCUACAUACCAUACCCAUGACAGCAGCCUCCUCCUCGUCCUCCUCCUCCUCGUCCUGCCCUCCCCAGGGCUCGGCUGCAGGCCAGACCAUGGGUAGCUGCACGGCUGCAAUCCCUCCUCACUCACUUGCAGCGUUUGGGCUGUUCCUGAGGCUGCCUGGGUAUGCAGAGGUGCUACUGAAGGAGCAGAAGAAGGCACAGUUCUUGCUGAGAUUGAUGCUGGGAGUCACUGAUGAUGGGGAUGGAGGUCAGAUUCUGUCAUCUCCUCUGGCGACGUCCCUCCCAACUCUUCCCUUCACUGUACUGGUCACUCUCUUUGACUCCACACCACUGACCACUGAUGAUGGGGUAUUGCUAAGACGUAUGACCCUGGAGAUUGGAGCCAUUCAUCUUGUACUCGCCUGUCUCUCUGUUCUUAGUCACCAUGGUCCUAGGGGAGCUUCACAACCUGCAACAGCAGAGGGUGGUGGUCCAUCAGUCGCCAAUGGCAGUCAAGUAGGUGGUGUGAAUGACAAGAACCAGAACUUCUGGGCCAAGGGAACAGGCUUCGGGACAGGAUCAACCACCUCGGGCUGGAAUGUGGAGGAGGCCCUCGUUAGGCAGAAAGCAGAGGAGGAGCAUGUAACGUGUCUUCUCAAGGUUCUGUCAAGCUACAUCAACCCAAUAAACAGUACAUCAUCUAACGAGAGGUCAGCAAGCAUUGAUCAGACCAGUGGUGACUUGGACCAGGAGCAGCUAACCACCAUCUUCCCAGCCGUCUUUGUGGAGUUACUCACCCAAUCCUGCCUCAUCCCAGCUAUCUCAUCCUACCUCAGGAAUGACUCAGUUCUUGACAUGUCUCGCCAUGUGCCCCUGUACUGUGCUGUCCUGGAGAUCCUCCGUGCCUUGGCCCUGUGUCCCCUCCUAGUGCACUUACUGCUUCCUCAGGGAGACAAUGGUGACAAGUCGGUCAUCAAGCUCCUAGAGAACAUCAAGGGAUGUGUCGACACCUACACCUCAAAGCUCAAACUUGUGAAGCCAAGCAAGAAGUCUAGCUCGAGGCACAGUAGUACCACCAAGGAAUCGUCCACAAUAUCCAAGGAAGAAGAAGCAGAGGCAGAAGGGCUGACCCAGCUCGUCCCAGAGAUACAGAGGACAGUAGAGAUGGUCAAGAAACUCACCAGCAAGAUACUAGCACAGAGACAAGGUGAGCUCAAUGACCUUGAUGGUGCUGGUGCUUCUGCCGGUGGUUCUAACUCAGAGGCAUCCAAGUACCAGUCUGCUGAUGAGAAGUACAUUGCAGUCAUGACUGAUCUUCAAUUCGACACUUUCCAAAUGGUGACAGAGGACAGCAAGGGUAAGAUCCAGUUUGCAGUCCCGCAUCACUACGCAUCCAAUGCUAAGUCAGUCGGGAAUGUAACCAAUGCAGCACGAGCUAGGAGAUUAGCUCAAGAGGCCGUGACACUCUCAACGUCCCUGCCUCUCUCGGCUUCAUCCAGUGUCUUUGUGCGGUGUGACGAGGAUAGGCUGGAUGUGAUGAAGGUACUCAUCACUGGUCCAUCAGAAACACCUUACUCUAAUGGAUGCUUUGAGUUUGACAUCUAUUUCCCUGCUGACUAUCCUAACUCACCCAUGCUUGUCAACCUAGAGACUACAGGACAACACUCGGUGCGCUUCAAUCCAAACCUCUACAAUGAUGGCAAGGUGUGUUUAAGUGUUCUUAACACAUGGCAUGGCAGACCAGAGGAGAAAUGGAACUCACAGACUUCCAGCUUUCUACAGGUGCUGGUCUCCAUCCAGUCCCUGAUCCUUGUUUCUGAACCCUACUUCAACGAGCCAGGUUACGAGAGAUCUCGGGGCACCCAGGCUGGCACCUGGAGCUCCAGAGAGUAUGAUGCUAACAUCAUGCAAGCCACUGUGGAAUGGGGCAUGCUGGACAUGGUCAGAAACCCACCACCAGUCUUCAAAGAUGUUGUACAAGCCCACUUCUACUUGAAGAGAGCAGAGGUGAUGGGGCAGUGUGAGGAGUGGAUCGCACUGGUUGGUCAGUACUGCAAUGAUAAGAGGGUUGGCAGGAGUAUGCUGCAUCACUGGAAGAAUCUAAAGAAACAUACAGCAAAGCUGAGAGAAGAACUCAGCAAGCUCCAGCCACCAGAAUUCCUUCGAGAACAACUAGAUCCAGAGGUCGAGCCCCUACCCCCACUCUCAUCGGACGUCACCAAUGAUGUCAGCUGUGCCUCUGUCUCUGAAGAUGCAGACAAGAGCAGUGAGAAUGAUGCUGAGCACAGUGGAUCUUCGUCAUCGUCACAGGAGAUUACAACCGCAGAGACAUCGACAGCUGACAGUCAGGUUGCCGAGCCAAGUAAUAUGUUUGGGAUGCCUCCAGGAGGGGUUGUUGUUUAUGACCCUGUAUGGGGAUUUGAUUGAAGUAAGUGACUAAGUGUGAACAGGUCCACAGGAUUCCAUGGUUAUCCGUCAUCUGCUCAGUAAUCUAACUCUCUUCACUAAACUCUCCAAAAUGCACCUAUGUGUAAAUAGUGACACACAAAACUCUGGAAUUCAAAGUUGUGUAUUUAUUUCAUCAAUAAAUCUUUAUGGUAUUACACAGAAAAUUAUACAAUGAUAAUUCUGUGUAAUUUUAUGCCCAUUUUACAUCUCUUGCACACCUGGUAUACCCUUGCAUGCAACAUUAAUGUCCACAAUGGCCCGAAAACCAAUGGAGUAAUACAUAAUGCGUGCAAUUUAGGGGCAUUAGUUAGUUGGUACAGGGUGAAUGGCAGGUGAGACAGCAGUGAUGAUGACGAUGCUGGUUUGUAUGAGGUGUAUGGAAUCAGUAGUUCCAAGUUUCCAUACAAAAUGUUAAACUGAGACUUAAGAUUUAUGUUGCUAUCUGCAAGAAACUAUAUGGAAUGUUUCUAUUUAUAUGGUAUCGCAUUCAGUUUGUUUAAUCUUUCUGCUAAGUAUUCUUAUUCAUGACAGUUAAACUAAUCAUCCAUAACAUAUUCUAUGUGAACAUAAAAUCAACCAAGACUUGGAAGUAUAUCGUUGGCUUAGUGAUUUACUUGGUGUUCAUUUGAAAGUAAUUACCAUUCACUCAAAAUAUCAUUAAGUAACUUUUAUGAUGUACAUGUCUGGAAUACAAGACCACAGUACACUCUUAGUUUUGAGCAACUAGACUUGUUUAUGUAAAGAAGAAGUUGAAUAUUACUAUGUACAGGUAUCACUUAUUGGUGUAUGAUGUGUCUUUCAUUAGAACUAUAAUUUUUAACCUUAUGCGAAAAAUGCUAAUAACAAAUGGCUGUUGUAUGUACUUCAAAUUCAAUUCAUUACAAUCCCUGCUUUAGUUUGGAAAUCAUUGCAAUGUUCAUCUGAAACUGAUUUGCACCAUGUUAAAAGAUCACUAACGAAGCUGCAUUUGUUUCAUUCAGUUUUUGUUUUCAUUUUCUUGUUGAAAGUUUAUACUCGUCUCACAAAGAAAAAGAUAAAUAUAUUUGUAGCCAUAGUUAUAUUCAUGUAAGGUGUAAACAAAAUGAAAGAAAAGAAAUUUGUCAUGUCACAAAUGCCGUAAUUGUCUAUUUUUGUUUUCUUUUUUUGUAAAAGGAUAAUUAGCAAGUCAUAAUGUCUUCACACAGGCUGACAUAGCUCAAGUGAAUUUGAUACAGUUUUUACAUUUUGCCCUCAUCUGUACCUUAGUAUAAUAAACUUUAAAAAUGACAUCUGGUUUGACUGCACAAGAUUUUAUUUUCCAGGAUGCGAGUAAAUGUUAGCACAUAGAAAUAUUAUAACUUUUUCUUUGUUAUUAUUUUGAUUUUUUAUAGAAUUUGUCAACACUUUUGUUUUAUAAUUUUUAUAUUUCUCUGGUAAUGGAGUAAUUUUAUAAAGAAUUGACACUCUUUAGUGAAUGUGAUAUGUAAUCAGAUUGAUUUUACUUUGUUCUAUUAUCACUUUUAAUUAUGAUUUUCCAGUAUUUAGCAACAUCUUCCAAAUUGUCAUUUUGUUCAGUUAUUGUAAAAAACACAAAUGAUUCAAUUUCAUUUUUAGACUAUAUUAGCAGCUGCAGUGUACAGAAACCGUGGUUCAUAUUGAUCAGUGAGAAUUAUUAUGAUUCUUAUGUGUGAUUAUAAUAGGAAGCAUGAACGUUAUGAACCAAGAAGUGUGGAGGUGAAUACCAAUAAAUGAAAGAAAAAAGUGCAGUACUCUGGUAGUAUAUAUUAUUUUGCAUACUAUUGCCCUAUAUAUAAGAGGGCUUUCCUUUCAUUCUUGAGAAAUGACUGUAAAUACAAACUGUAACCUGUAUAUUAGUUUAUCUUUUGCCAGUUGAUCCCCCCAUACCCUUUGCUAAUGAAUGCUCAAAUCUGGGACAAGUUUUGUGCGAAAUGUUUUUUUAAAAUCUGUUUCAUUUGUGAUGAAUUAGACUAGUAUCAGAAAUGUGAUUAACAUGUGCAAGAGAAUCAACACAUUGAUGUUGUAAUCAGGUGUUCUGAUGAUGUGGUCGUUUUGAUUGUUGUUUUCAGAGAUUUAUCAUUUUGAAGUUACUGUGAAAUCUUUUUGAGACACAUUUACUAGUUAGAAAGGACCAGCCACUGAAUUCAUUUGCAAUAUUCAGGUAAUACUUGUUUAUUUAGAGUAUUUUAUGGCUGUGUAUAGUCUGACGCAAGAAUUCAGCAUACGGUAAGUUUUGUACUGAAGAGACGUAAACAAAGAUUUGACAUAUGAAAAAUAAAUGAAUGCUUUAGUUAGACAUUGAUUGUUAUGAAAUAGAAAAGCUGUUAUUGUAUGUACUAUUUAUUUUUGGUUGUUAAAUUCAUUUUAUUUUCUAUCAGAGCACAUACUCCUUUUUAAAAGUCGAAAGACAAAAUGGAUGAUAGAUGAUGAUAGAAGCGUGUUGCACAUAAGGAAUAUUUAUGUCUAUGUGAUAAUCAGAAAUAUAAAGUACAAACAGAUCACUCUACGUGUCUUAUCAACUAAUAAGAACACAUCAAAAUCUACUGUCAUUUUUUGCAGCUUUGAAUUCUGUGUCACUUAGAUCGGCAGAUUAAAGAACAACCACUAUUUGUUUAUUUGACUGCAAUAUCUAGGAAGAAUGUGUCUAGGUAACAUAAAGGUCAUGGUUUUGAGGAAUGUCUUAAUUAGAAGAGGGCACUUGGUGCCUAUUUAAUCACCUAUUUGAUUCAAAAUUGAAUUGAAAAGGGAUCCAUCCUAAAUUGUCAAUUCAUUUCAGCUACUAAAUUGUGUAUUUUUCUUUGUAAAAUGUCAGAGAUAGAAUUAGACCUAAGUGUAUAGAUUUCAGUGCUCUUGUAUGAUUCUAACUUAUAGAGGCCUAAAGAUAUCUAUCCGUUCUAUUUACAUACAUAUAUACAUACUUUAAAGAGAUUUGUGGGGAAUCUGUUUUAUGUUAAUAUGUUUGAAUGUUUUGUAAUGCACUGAUAGUCCUCUCAGCUUUGCCAACGUUAAGUAGCAUGGAUAAUUGGAUAAAUCCUCCCUUGUUUCUGUUUGAUUACUCAGAAUAUACAGACAGUAUCUCCUUUAAUACUUAUGUCAUUUAGCAUCAAAUCAUAUUUCAUGUACACCCUUUAGAGAUGGUAAGAAAUCCUCUUUCUUUUAUUUCUGUGGAGUUAUAGUAGUCAUUUUAUCUAUAUUAAGGUAAUGAUACGCCAAGCUGAAGUGCAAGAGACAUGUAUACAAGUAUUGACCUACUUUAUGCUUUGAUUUGAAAGAGUGAAGAGCAUGUCAUUUUCAAUUAUGCAAAAAUAGUUUAUUCAGUGUAAGAUUAUUGUCACCCUUUUUAUGAUUAUACAUGUAUAAUGUAGAUAUUGUUGUGUAAGUAUCCUGGAAUCUUAUUUAAGAAUGUUUUACUUCAUUGCAGAGAGAAUUAUCACCAAAAAGUGAUCCAAUUCCUGUGAAACACAUGAAUGUCAAUAUGAAAAACAAAUUGCUUUAACUUGUGCAGAAAUGUAUGUAGAAUGUUCAAGUGUAUAUUGAAGAAUGUGUGAAAUAUAACUAUGUGAAGACGGAUCAGAAAUAUGAUCCAAAUGAUAUCUUUACCUUUCUCACCACUUGAGAACGAACUGUGUAUACUUAUGAACUGUUAUGUACAGGCAGAUAAAUAAAAAAUAAAAAUAAAUUCUUAAGACAUGCAAUGAA